CAUAACCCUUUCUCUUCAGCGUAAAAGCUCUAAACAAGUGAUCGUUUGUCAUCUCCUUUUCCCUUUUUCUGUCUCCUGGUUUCGAGAGACUUUCGCAAAAAUAAAUGGCGGGGAAAGAGGAGAAGAAAGUUGACGUGAUCACCGCGGUGUACAAAGUUAACCUACAUUGCCCAGAAUGUGCAGGCGAGGUCAGGAGGCCUCUUCUCAGAACACAAGGUGUUCACGGAGUGGAAGUGAACAUGGAGAGCAACGAAGUGAAGGUGAAAGGGGCAAUCGAUCCAGUGGGAAUUUAUAAGAAAAUAGAGAGGCUCAGCAAGAGGAAGGUGGAGUUGAUAUCGCCCAAGAUCGACAUCAAGGCAGCCGAAAUCAAGAAGAAAGUCGUCAAGGAACCCCCCAAAGAGCUACCCGUGCGAACUCACAAUUUGAAGGUCUACAUGCACUGCGACCAAUGCGAGCGCGACCUGCGUCGUAAGCUUAUAAGACAUCGAGGUAUCUACAGUGUCAAGACCGACAUAAAGGCUCAAACCAUGACGGUCCAAGGAACGAUCGAGCCCGAGAAGCUCCUGUCGUACGUGCGGAGGAAGGUGCACAAACAGGCCGAGCUCAUACCUCCGAAACCAGAGAAGAAAGAGGAGAAGAAAGAAGAGAAGAAAGGGGAGAAGAAAGAGGAGGAGAAGAAGGUGACGAUAGAGAAAGAGAAGGUGAAGGUUGUAGAGACGAAGGGCAAAGAGACCGUGGAGUUCACAGAAGAGAAAAAAGUCGUGGAGGUCAAGAGCAAGGAGGGAAAUCCAUACUUCAUUCAUUACGUUUACGCUCCACAGCUUUUCAGUGACGAAAACCCAAAUUCUUGCUCUGUCAUGUAAUCUUUGGCAACACUAGUAAUGAGUCAACAAGGGUGAAGCUUAGCAGCGACAGACCUGAGUUUGUCACUGUACAUAGAGGGGACUGGUCAUACAAUAGUAUGAGAAAAACCGAUAGAAAGAGUUCUCUGCAAGGACUCCGAGUUAUGUGAUGAGACUUUCAUCUUGAUCAGCAGGAUUAGAAUAUCAAAAUUAUUAUUUUCUUAGAAGCUCUCUUCCCAAA